CGUGUCGUUUCUUUGUCGUCGAAAAUUUUCGCAGUUUUUUCCAUCGUUCUGCUAUCGGUUUGUUUCGCGGCACAACGUCGUGUCGUGGUGCGUGCCCACCACCUCCACCGCAGCGAACAGUGAUGGAUUGAUUAAACAAAGGAAGGUCACAGGAAAGCCGGUACGUUUGGUUCCUCUGCCGCCGGUUCGUUUUGACGGAUUCUUGCAGAUAACAAACAACUUCAAAACGAUGGUGCGUUCGCCACAAAAUAAUUCCCCGUUGACCCGGCCCGUGUAUUUCGGGCCACCCACGCUGGCGGAGUUCAAUGCCGCACAAACCUGGAGCGACACCGCCAGUUUGAUUGCCGAACGUGCGGAGGGCCGGUCGUUCCUAAACAAGCAAAAGGAAGAGUUCGAGCGGUUGGCCGAGGAGGCGGGGCGCAAUCUGGUGUUGGAGGACGAGGUGGAGCAGACGUCGAUAGACCGCGAGAAGCAGGAGGAGGAGGACUUUCUCGUGUGUUAUCUGUGGGAGACCGUCGGAAAAUGCGCGAACCGGGUGUCCGAGCGCAUUCUGACCAACCUCGACUACAUGCGCGACGGGGUGCUGCCGGCCAUUACGCGCCAGAUCACAGAAACCGAGGCGGAACUCGCCGUGCAGAUGGACCUCCGCACUCGACUGGAAGCUAAAGUGAGCGAGUGGCGCGAGUGGGAGAGUAGGGUCAGCUUCGUCGACGCCAAUUCCGAAGCAAUAACCGCCUGCAUUUCGAACACCAACGAACUUGCGGAGGAGGUCGAGGAGCAGCGCGCGCUAGAAAACGAGGAGGCAACGGAGUCCGAAGAAGAGGAGGACGAAGCAGGAGACGAUGGUCGUGGAGAGCGCAAAAAUAUUACAGAAGAUGGAGGUGAAAGUGCUGGUGGUGGAAUAGAAGUAUCCGCCUCCGAGGCGGACUUUCGCACUGGAAAAAAACAAACCAAUGUGAAGAAGCAGGAGCAAGACGCUCUGCAACCAGUCGAAGUUCCUCGAGUGGCGCACAUCCGCGAGAACACCCAGUACCGCCAGCGCCCGGAACCGUUUGCGGAGAAGUGGCUAAGUUUGUUGAACGACGAAACGAAGUACAACUUUCUGCGCGCGCUCUGGCUGGCCUUCCGGAACACACAGGAAUCUUCCGUCUACUUCCACGACCUGUGCGUGCCCCACGAGGAUUUCCGCGAGCUCACCUGGGGCGACGAGGCGAAGCAGAACUACGAUGGCAGCGAGCGGUACGACCCUGCCACCUUCGUGGAGCCCGUCCCCGAGCAUCUGGACGCCCCGUGGGAGGACCGGCUUCACUACGCGCUGACGGCCGAGCGGGCCGCGCACGACAUUGCCGAAUGGUCGUUCGAAUAUCAGGCGGCGCGCAUUCGCAACCUCCCGCGCGCCGAGCGCCCGGAUGUCCUGCGGAUCCGCGCGGACCCAACCCGGGCGGGGUCGCGGCUGCGCACAACGGAGCUGCCUCUCAUCCAGCACAGCUUCGGCACCGCGCGCAUGCUGAAGCCGGACCUGGUGCUUUCCUCGGAGCGCGCCAAGCAGGAGCAGCGGAAAUUUCGCGUCUUCCAGACCGAUUUCCAAGACCUCGCGGACGACCUGCAGGAAGUGGUGCACCCAGAAAAGGACCCCAAGCGGCUGAAACUGCAGCCCAACAAGACCAUCAAGGCCAUCACCUUUUCGUACGAAGGUCGCCCGGACGGCCAUGUGAACAUCAUUCCGGAAAAGGAGAAGGCCGAGGACGUCAUCGAUCUCAGCAUUCUGCAACAGGCAGACGGCGGGGGCGGGAGUCGAAAGAGUGGCGCGGGAACAAGCUCGUCGUCGUCUGCAGAACACAGCAGCUCUGCUGCCUCCAGCUCAGCCGCGAGCAGCGCUGCUGAGGAUGAGGAGGUGGUGGACGGCGCACCAACAGCGCAAAUGCAGGACACAAAGAAUCUUCAAGAACUAUCUGAAGCACCCUUUGAUCCUGCGACCAAAACCUUUCUCACGGAGGGCGCAGAAGAUCACCUCCUCCUUCAGGAUCCUUCACCGCAGACAAAUAUUAACGCGCCUCCAGAAGGAUGUGCAGAUGAACAAGAGGCCGCCUCAAGAUCACCAGGUGCGGAUGAGCAUCAAGCAGCUCCGCCGCUCUCACCGUCACGGCUAGCACCAAACAUUUUCCACGUGAACCCGACCGAUAACUCUAUGCGCGCCGACCUGACUGCCCUCGCUAAAGAGCGGAGUUUCCACGGCGCCAUCAUCGUGCACAGCCAGCACGUCGCGUUGCCGGGCAUGAAAUCCAUGUACGAGCGGCUAGAAUCGAACCGCAAGCCCCCGAGCGCACUUUUGCAGCGGAGCGGGCACCAGAAACAAGAUGUGGAGCUGGACGACGGGCGGGUGAUCCAAGCGGCCGAAGAGUCUGACGAAUCGGGGUCUUCGUUGCAGAACCCGGAGAUCAGUGCCGGCCCUCGCAUCUUCGACGAGAAGCACCAGCGACAGAUCCCGCUGUCUCGCAAGCAGGUAGACGUCGUUGCGCCGCUGGGCGCUGCCCACACGCGUCGCCCGCCGCCCGUGCACAGUGCGGACCUUUACCCGCCGGACCUGCCGAGCUUCGAGCAGCUCUCUCCGGACCAGCCCUGCUCCAGCGAACGGCAAUACCGCGAGAAAUCGGCGCAACUGCGCGCCAAGCACGACCAGAGCAUCGUGCACGUGGAGGGCACGAAAGCGCACUACGACGCGCAGGCGGUGCGCAUUUUGGAAACAACCGGGGACCGCGUGCGCCGCCGGUCCAAGGAACGCACGCAGGACUUGUUCCAGAAAGCCGGAGCAGUGCUGGAGGUGAACGAUUUAGCGGACCAGGCCGCGAAAAACCGAACCUCCGGCGCGGAUCGGAAGCGCAACUUCAUGGCCAGGUCCAAAACGCAGUCCGCGGGGGGUGGCGACCUGGAAGCGUUGCUGGCCCAAAUGUCCGACGAGGACGAACACCACUCUUCCUCCUCUGAAGGCGGGGUCGGAGGGCCACAAGCCGCUGCUGGCGGCCUGGGUGGAAAGAAGGGAGGGAAAAAAGGUAAGGGCAAGAAGGGCGGGAAAUUCGGCGCGUUGCAGAAAACAUCGUCGAGUUCAUCACCUGGUACUACGGCUGCAAAGAACAAAACGCCCUUUGGACAGCGCGGACCCGCCGGCGCAGUGGCCGUCGAAGCCGUUGCGUCGAGUAGUGCGACGUCCUCUCCCAGCCCGAGUAGCGAAGAAAACUGCGCGGCCGACAAAGCGCUACAAGAGAAGUGGCACGGCCCCGAUGCGCUGACAAACAAAAAGUCAUUCUUUCAGUUGUACCAGGAUCUGCGGCUAGCCGCCACCUUACCCGACUGGAAACGGCGCAAAGAAUAUUACCUGCUGGAGGAUCUGUUGCAGGUCUGGACCAGCGACCAGACGCAAGAGCGACUGCGCCAACAGAAACAUCUGAAGCAAAGAAUGGACGCCGACCACGCGACGCUGAUGCACAACGAAAAAACGUGGCGGGACGUUGGCAAGCGCUGCUGGCGGAUCGUUUGGGGCUCCACGCCGGAAGGUGCAGGUGGCGCCGCAUCUUCUGCUGACGGCACCUCCGCUGCCCCUGCGCAGCCGACCCGGGAACAGCAGAUCCGGGAGCGCCGUCGCAAGCGGCAAACGCUGGGGAAGCUGAAGGUCGUUUUCGACAACUGGUACAUGGUGAUUCAAACCAUGCUGGAAGAAGCAAAGUUGAAAAAGGAGAAAAAAUGGUCCCUGAUUAGCGACUACGACGACGCACGGGUGGAGUAUUUCGUCAUCGGGGGCGUCGAGCGUUUAUCCAUUUUCGGCGACGCCUACGACCAGCACAUGGCACCGACGGUGCAAACGAUGGUCGACCCCCGUGCCGCGAGUACCGGACCCAGGAGAAGAUCCUCGGUCAUCAGCGACAAAGACAAACUCGACGGAAUGAUGAAACUGUAG